AUCUAGCACCCGAGUAGCCUAGCACCGAAGUGACUCGGAGAACCAGGAACUAAAUAAUAAACAUCACGGGGACAGCAAGAUACUUUCGUUCAGGCUAAACUGGUUGUGAGACCGAUGCCCCAGCUAGAUUCCGCAUGGAUCCCUCAAACCGACAGAAAGCCAUAGCACUGGCUCAAAAGGCUUCACAAGAAGACCUGGAUGGAAACUAUGAAGAAGCGAUCCGCUCCUACCAGCAUGCGGUCAAGUACUUUUUGCACAUACUGAAACGACCCCAAGGUAAAGAGGACAACCAAACGAUCAGAGACAAAUGUAAACAGUACCUGGACCGAGUGGAUGAACUUCAGGACUACCUAGACAAAAAGAAGAAAGCCAUCGAUCUUGCCGGUAAGGCAGCACAGGAGGACAAGGAUAAAAACUAUGAAGAGGCUUUGCGUCUGUAUCAACACGCUGUUCAAUACUUCCUGCAUGUAGUUAAGUAUGAAGCCCAGGGGGACAAGGCUAAGCAGAGCAUCCGGGCGAAAUGUGCGGAAUACCUUGACAGGGCAGAGAAACUCAAAGAGUACCUCAAGAAGAAGGAGAAGGCUCCUCCUGCAAAGCCUGUCAAAGAAUCACAGUCAGAGGACAAAGGAAAUGAAAGUGAUGAAGGCGAUGAUCCAGAGAAAAAGAAGUUUCAGAACCAACUCUCAGGUGCAAUUGUCAUGGAGAAGCCCAACAUCAUGUGGAACGACGUCGCUGGCUUGGAGGGAGCAAAGGAAGCACUGAAAGAGGCUGUCAUCCUACCCAUUAAAUUCCCACAUCUAUUCACAGGGAAGAGAACACCGUGGAGGGGGAUCCUGCUCUUCGGACCCCCAGGUACGGGAAAGUCCUACCUGGCUAAAGCCGUAGCAACAGAGGCCAACAACUCCACCUUCUUCUCCAUCUCCUCGUCCGACCUGGUGUCCAAAUGGCUGGGAGAGAGCGAAAAGCUGGUGAAGAACCUGUUCACCCUGGCUAGGGAGCACAGGCCUUCCAUCAUCUUCAUCGACGAGAUCGACUCCCUCUGCGGCUCCAGAAGUGAGAACGAGAGUGAGGCGGCUCGCCGCAUCAAGACAGAGUUCCUGGUGCAGAUGCAAGGAGUGGGAAACGACAACGAAGGAGUGCUGGUACUUGGAGCCACAAACAUCCCAUGGACUUUGGAUUCUGCCAUCAGAAGAAGAUUUGAGAAGAGGAUCUACAUCCCUCUGCCCGAGGAGCACGCCCGAUCCUUCAUGUUCAAGCUUCACCUGGGCGCCACCCCAAACAGCCUCUCCGAAUCCGACUUUGUUACUCUGGGGAAAAAGACAGAAGGCUACUCGGGGGCGGACAUCAGUGUCAUCGUCAGAGACGCCCUCAUGCAGCCGGUCCGAAAGGUCCAGUCGGCGACCCACUUCAAAAAGGCACGGGGGCCGUCAAGAGAUGACCCCAACAUUAUGGUCGACGACCUGCUGACCCCUUGCUCACCGGGGGAUCCUAAUGCCAUUGAAUUGACAUGGAUGGACGUUCCCGGGGAAAAGCUCAUGGAGCCAAUUGUUUGCUCGUCGGACAUGCUGAGGUCACUCGCCAACACAAAGCCCACUGUUAACGAUCAAGACCUGGACAAACUGCGGAAAUUCACAGAGGACUUUGGACAGGAAGGCUGAAUGGGAUGUUUCACUGAUGAAAACCAAAGCAAAAAAAAGUAUAAUUCUGAAAAGUUAUUACUCCAGUUAUGACACUAUGCCCCAUCUCCCCCCUGCCCGCCUUCCACCAGUCCUAGCUGUCUGUCACAUGAGGGUUAUGUCACAUAUUUGGAGGACAUGGGUUUCUUUCAUGUCACCAGUUGUCCCAAAAAGGGCUCAAGACUUAAUUGACCGUGGUGUAGCAGCUGAGCCGACUCAAAUAAAUAAAUAAGUACUUUAAAUAGCACACUUUUGGUUUCUCCAAGGUGUGCCGACUUAUCCUCUGAUAUAAGUACUUUUCAGCAGGAUAUGUCUGACGAUCAGAAGAUAACUUGUGAGCAAGGUCUUGAUAUUCUGAUCGUCAUUAUUUAUUUCAAAGGACUAAGGUACAUGUUAUGGGUUCAAGUCCUCCUCACUAAAUAAAUCCCUUUUUUGCUCCUAUUUUGUAUAAAAGCUUUUAUCAAAUAACUCUUGGGCUUAAGGAAAUGACUUCCAAGUUGGAUGCCACCGUGUUUCUAGAGUUAUAUAUUUGAGUGGUUUGAAUAUAGGUUUUUUUUUCCCCAGACUGUGCAGUGGACGUAUGGAAUUGUGACAGACUGACACUCAGGAUUGGAGCUGCAUUUGGGCCAAUUCAGAUUCAUUUCUCCAUGGAUUUCUCCCUGACAAAUCUUUGUAUCUCGUUUUGAUUCUAACGCUGGAUCACUGUAGCUGCCAGACUUCAAAAACAACCAAUGUGCGUUUUGGUCCUCUGCUUAUUCUACAACAUACACGUGUUCACACCAUUGCAUGACCCUACAUCACUUUCCUGAAUAUCCUCCAUAUUAACAUAAAAGCCUUUUUUUAAUAUACAAGCAAUGGUUUGUGCUGAAGGAAAAGAUGCCACUUUGGUUCAAUUAUACAUUGCGUCAUAGACUGAAGACUUCCCCACCAUAUUCAUGUUCCACUUUGAAAUGCAGCUCCAAGCGUAAGGCACAUGAGGCCCUCUGGCGGGAAGCUGUGCACCAUGUGCCUUCCAAACCAGUUGCAAGAUGUUGUUGUUUUUUCCUUUGGUUGAGUUUUGCAAUUGGAUGACAUAUUGCUAUAAACUUUGGGUGUGUUUGCCACCACUGCUAAGAAAUGUAUAUUACCUGCACAUUUUGUGUAAACUCAUAUAGUUUGAAUACUUCUACUCUUAACUCUAACGGUGUUCAGAAUACAAAAAGUUUGUCCUUCUGAAUGUUGGUAGGGAACAUCUCUGAGUUACUGUAAAGUGCGGUUCUUAGAUAGGACAAAUGUGUAAGCCUUUUCUUUUUGUAAAAGGUCAGCCAGGCAUCAGUUAUUCUCUUUCUUUUACAUAAAAUGUAAAUAAAAUAAAAACCAUCCAAAUAUA